CUCUCUCUCUCUCUCUCUCUCUCUCACUCCCCCCACUGUCCUCCACUCUUCUAAACGGCCAUCUGAAGGCUCCAGGCCAGCCCUCGGAGUGACUCUGCCCUGCCUGGAAGCUUCUCUCCCCAGCCCCGAGGACCUCACAUUGGAUUCAAGCUACAUGGGAAAACGUUUGGAGCAGCAACCAAUGUACCCCCAGUACACCUACUACUACCCCCACUAUCUCCAGACCAAGCAGUCCUAUGCUCCUCCUCCUCAGCCCAUGGCUCCUCCUAGCCCCAACACCACAGGAGGAGGAGGAGGAGGAGGUGGUGGAGGAGGAGGAGGUCAUGGAGGAGGGCUAGCGGAGCAGCUCAGUAAGACCAACCUGUACAUCAGAGGCCUGCCGCCCGCCACCACUGACCAGGACCUCAUUAAACUCUGCCAACCAUAUGGGAAGAUUGUGUCAACAAAAGCCAUUCUGGACAAGAACACCAAUCAGUGCAAAGGCUAUGGCUUCGUGGACUUUGACAGCCCUGCGGCGGCCCAGAAGGCCGUGGCCUCACUCAAAGCAAGUGGAGUCCAGGCACAGAUGGCCAAGCAACAGGAGCAGGACCCCACCAACCUGUACAUCUCCAACCUGCCGGUGUCCAUGGACGAGCAGGAGCUGGAGAACAUGUUGAAGCCCUUCGGACACGUCAUCUCCACGCGGAUACUGAGAGACGCCAACGGCCUGAGCAGAGGCGUCGGCUUUGCCAGAAUGGAGUCAACAGAGAAGUGCGAUGUGGUGAUUCAAAAUUUCAAUGGGAAGUUUUUGAAAACCCCUCCGGGCAUGGCAGCCCCAGCAGAGCCAUUGCUGUGUAAGUUUGCUGACGGAGGCCAGAAGAAGAGGCAGACCCAGAUGAAGUAUCCCCAAAAUGGCCGACCGUGGACAAGGGAAGGAGAGAGUGGUAUGGCAUUGACAUAUGAUCCCACCGUGAUGCAGAAUGGGUUCUACUCUUCCCCGUACAGCAUCUCCACUAAUCGGAUGAUUGCACAGACGUCUAUUACACCUUUCAUCGCUGCCUCUCCUGUCUCCACGUAUCAGGUGCAGAGUACGUCUUGGAUGCCCCACCAACAGUAUGUUGUGCAGCCCACAGGGGCUGUGAUCACCCCGACCGCAGCCAUGGAGCCCAGUUUGUCUCUGCAGCCCUCCAGUAUAAUGGCUCCUCACCAGCAGAUGAACCACCUGUCUCUGGGCACCACAGGCACCUACAUGACUGCUGCGGCUGCAGCUGCUCCUAUGCAAGGAACCUACAUUCCCCAGUACACAGCAGUGCCUGCCUCUGCCAUCACAGUGGAAGGCGUGGUGACAGAACCCUCUGCACAGACGGCCCCUCCUCCCUCGCAGGACGCCAGCGGGCAGCAGCCGUUAUCGGUGGAGAAUGCAGGAGACCACGCCACAACCUACUCCUACCCACAAACUAAAUAACGGGGGACACGGUGGGACUAUUGCUCCAUUGCCUUGAGUGGAGGACUGCACAGAGACACGAGGGCCACAGAGACAUUUGAAUUAGAGCAAGGACACAGAAACAGGAGGUCAGUCAGACAUCACCUGGGUGGAGGAGGUUUCUGCUUUGCAUAAACACCAAAUGAAAGAGCAAAGAAAGACUCAAAGAAAAAAAAAAUCAAUUCUAUUUCCUACCUGGUCAAACCGUGGAAUAAAACAAACAGAAAAAAAGAGAGCAGGAAGAGAAACGGAUGAUGGGACGCUGAGCGAAAGAGGACGUUGGAUGCGGAGAUUGUUGUUGUUAGCAUGAGAUGAGACGGGUUCCUGCUAUAAAAAAAAAGAGAGAAGACGUUGUAGACUGAAAUCUAAACACAAACAAGCUGUACAGAGGAGUAAAAAAAAGGAAGAAGAAGACUUGAAUGUGCAGGUAGAUUUUCUGACUUUUUUAUUAGAGGUGGAAGGAAGUAAAAGUUUAGAAAAACAACGGUUGUCUUCCUUUCAUAUUAAGCUACAUUAUUUUCAUUCUUUUUAUGAUUUUAGUAGUUUUCUAGAGUAUAAAUGUUUUCUUAAAUCUUUGUUGCCUUAAUUUUCCCGAACUUUGGAAAAAAAAAAGAUUUUUUUUCCUCCAAGUCUUGAAUUGUUUAACAAAAACAACAGCUUGACUGGUGGGAGCGGUUCCUGGGAGUUUUAGAUUGUUCCUAGAUACACAGAGAAGAAAUCUAUGAAUAUAUCUGUACAGUAAAAAAAAGAAGAAAAAAAAA